AUGCCUGAUCUCUCCAAAUUUUUCCACGACGAACGGACUGACCGUGUGUCUGUUAAGGUCCAAGGGCCUGGGAAGCAUAAGGGCCACGGUUUCGAUGCCUACGGCCACGAUUCGCUCUCCGUAGCUGUUGAUGCUCCGGAAAAUAUCUGCGUCAACACUUGCGUAGCUGCCAUGUUCGCAUUUUGCCGUUAG